AGCAGUCUUCUCUUGCUCUACUGCAGCAUUCCAACACAGAAGAAGUCUUUUCUCGAUACAGACGCAACAGAAAUACAGCAGACCACUAUGGGAAUCCUAUUCAGCUCAAUCUACAAAUCCUUCUAUGGCGUGGAGGCCAGGAUCCUCAUGCUAGGGCUUGACGCUGCUGGAAAGACUACUAUCCUGUACAAACUGAAGCUCAAUGAAGCCGUCUCUACCAUCCCCACCAUCGGCUUCAACGUGGAGACUGUGGAACCCAUGAGAGGCGUGUCCUUCACCGUGUGGGACGUGGGCGGCCAGAACAAGAUCAGGGCUCUGUGGAAACACUACUACAGUAAUGCAGAGGGGCUGGUCUUUGUGGUGGACAGCUCUGAUCCUGAGCGCUUUGAUGAAGCCAGAGAAGAGCUGGAGGGGAUCCUGAGCCAUGAGGAGAUGAGCAAGGUGCCCUUCGUCGUCCUGGCCAACAAGCAGGACCUGCCAGGAGCCCGCAGCCCCUCCGUCCUUGUGGAGGCGAUGGGACUGAACAAGCAGAGAGGCCACGAAUGGCAGGUGCAGGGCUGUUGUGCAGUCAACGGGGAAGGGAUAGUGGAGGGCAUACAGAGACUCACUGAGAUGGUCAAACAGUUCCAAAAAACAAGAAGAUUUUAACAGGGGUGUUUUCUUAACUAGAUGAUAAUAGAAGACUGAAUAAACUCACGCAGUGUCUAACCUGUUUUAACUGAUAAUCCUGCGGAAAUGUGAAUAUUCAUUCAAAGCUAUCUGUUCAGGUCUGCGUGCACUUUGUCUUUCUUCGCACAUUAGUUUACAGUGAAAAUUUAAGUUAGCCUCUGUUCCUUCAUUUUUAUUUUAUAAACCCAGCAUUGUUAGGAAAAAGGUUUGAAAAAAAUAAAGAUACUGUUCAAAUUUUACCGAAAUAUUGACAACAUGAAUUAAAAUAAAUCUUUCUAUAUUUUGUCACAUGUACUUUUAAUUACAUUGCAUUUUUGUGACUGUGUUCUUAAUAUUUUGCGUUUUUGAAAAAA